AUGGCCGCUCUACUUUCUCUUUCUGCAUUGGCACUGCUUGGAGCAGGUGCCUCUGCUCAGACCUUCCAAGGUACUGCCCAAGGCGGUUUCCCUGACUGUGUCAAUGGCCCUCUCUCGAACAACACUGUCUGCGACAAGUCUGCUGACCCAAUUGCAAGAGCCAAGGCUCUAGUCGCUGCCUUCACCGUCGCCGAGAAGCUCAACCUUACCGGAAACAACAGCCCUGGUGUCCCCAGACUCGGUCUGCCUGUUUACCAAUGGUGGCAAGAAGCCCUCCACGGUGUCGCUUCUUCUCCCGGUGUUACUUUCAAUGCCAGUGGACAAUUCGACUCUGCCACUUCUUUCCCUCAGCCCAUCUUGAUGGGUGCCGCUUUCGACGACGAACUUAUCCAAUCUGUGGCUGAGGUCGUCAGUACUGAGGCUAGAGCUUUCAACAACUACGGACGUGCAGGUCUUGACUUUUGGACUCCCAACAUCAACCCUUAUAGAGACCCCAGAUGGGGCAGAGGUCAGGAGACUCCUGGUGAAGACCCUUACCAUCUGUCUUCCUACGUCCACGCCCUGAUCAACGGUCUCCAAGGCGGAGAGGAUCCUGAGAUCAGAAAAAUCACCGCUACCUGCAAGCAUUUCGCCGGCUACGAUAUCGAGUCGUGGAACGGUAACCUUCGUUACCAGAACGAUGUCCAGAUCAGUCAGCGUGAUCUGGUCGAGUACUACCUUCCUUCUUUCCGCUCUUGCGCCAGAGACUCCAACGUUGGAGCUUUCAUGUGCACAUACAGCGCUCUGAACGGUGUUCCCACCUGUGCCGACCCUUGGCUCUUGAACGACGUCCUUCGCGAGCACUGGAACUGGACCAACGAGGAGCAGUGGGUUACCAGUGAUUGUGAUUCUAUCCAGAACAUUUUCCUUCCCCACAACUUCAGCGACACCCGCCAGGGAGCUGCAGCUGCUGCCCUCAACGCUGGCACCGAUCUUGACUGUGGUACCUACUACCAGCACCACCUUCCUCUGGCCUACAGCGAGGGUCUGAUCAACCAGACCACCGUUGACCAGUCUCUCGUCCGUCUGUACACUUCGCUCGUCCGCACCGGAUACUUUGACGGUCCCAACGCCAUGUACAGAAACCUGACUUGGUCCGAUGUUGGUACUACCCACGCUCAGCAGCUCGCUCUGAAGGCUGCUGAGGAGGGUAUCACUCUCCUGAAGAACGACGGUCUCCUUCCUCUGUCCAUCACCAACGGCACCAAGAUUGCCGUAAUCGGAAGCUGGGCCAACGCUACUCAACAAAUGCAGGGUAACUACUACGGUGUUCCCACCUACCUUCACAGCCCUCUGUACGCUGCUCAACAGACUGGUGCCCAAGUCUUCUAUGCUGGAGGACCCGGUGGCCAAGGUGACCCUACCACUGACCACUGGCUCCCUGUCUGGACUGCUGCUGAAAAGGCUGACAUCAUCCUCUACGUUGGUGGUCUUGACAUCAGUGUCGAGGCUGAGGGUAUGGACCGUGAGACUAUCAACUGGACUGGUGCUCAGGUCGACAUCAUUGGCGAGCUCGCCAUGUACGGUAAGCCUAUGGUCCUUGCCCAGAUGGGUGACCAGCUUGACAACACUCCCUUCGUCAACAACCCCAACAUUUCUGCUAUUCUGUGGGGCGGCUACCCUGGCCAAGAUGGUGGUGUUGCUCUUCUCAACAUCAUCACCGGAAAGGUCGCACCUGCUGGUCGUCUUCCCGUUACCCAGUAUCCUGCUCACUACAUCUCGGACAUUCCCAUGACCGACAUGACUCUCCGCCCCAACGAGACCACUGGCUCGCCCGGUAGAACCUACAAGUGGUACAACGGCACCGCUGUCUUCGAGUUUGGUUACGGUAUGCACUACACCAAAUUCACUGCCGACAUCUCUCCCCUGUCCAAGUCUUCCUACGACAUUGCCUCCCUUCUGUCUGGCUGCACUGAGUCUUACAAGGACCGCUGCGCUUUCGAGAACAUCGCUGUCAACGUCCACAACACUGGCAACAUCACCUCCGACUACUCUGCCCUCGGCUUCAUCGCCGGUCAAUUUGGACCUUCUCCUUACCCCAAGAAGUCUCUGGUCAACUACCAGCGUCUCCACAGCAUUGCUGGCGGUGCUUCCCAGACUGCUACGUUGAAUCUGACUCUGGGCUCUCUUGCUCGUAUCGACGACCACGGAAACACUUACCUCUACCCCGGUGACUACGCCCUGAUGAUCGACACCAUGCCCGAGUUGACCAUGGUUAACUUCACCUUGACCGGUAACCCCGCUUGCCUCGACGAGUGGCCGCAACCCCCCUCAGGUGGCCCUACCAUUCCUCCCUCGGACUACUUCUACGGUGGUUAUGGAAGCAGAGGCGAGUUCCCUGUUAUCGCUGCCUCUGAGGAGCUUGCUCCCGGUGCCUAA